AUGCCGGGGAAGUUCUCCUAUGGAAGCUGGGAUCCUUUUAUCUACAUCAUGUUUUCUCCAAAAAAGAGUUCACCCGAGCCGAAGGCUCAAAGCAUUGCUGUGCGCCUAUUAAAACACAAGUCUCCUGGGCAAGUUACUAUCUGUGAUAUUAAGUCUUCUGCAGCUAGUGUAACAGAAAGAGAUAUCGAAGAAAUUUUAGAACUUUUACAAAAUGGUGAUAAAACCUAUUCAAACACCUCCGCUGAAUCUGACAACGACGAAAUGUUUGUGGAGCGCUAUUCAGAUAUGCCUUCAAUUGGUACCCGAGUCAAACGUGGACCUGACUGGGAAUGGGGAAACAUAGAUGGCAGGGGUUCAGGAACAGUUGUAGGACAUUCAAGAGUUGGGUGGUUGUUUAUUGAGUGGGACAAUGGAAGAACCUGUAAAUACAGAUACAGCUUUGAUGGAAAGAUUGCAAAAUAUGAUUUAAUAGAAUGUGAUCAUCCAAGAAUUCUUUCACAUCAUCAGCAAAUUGCCACUGGUUGUUUAGUUUCAAGAGGACCAGACUGGAAAUGGGAUAACCAAGAUGGCGGAGAAGAAAACAUUGGAACAGUUUACAGAGUGCAACAAACAACCCCCGUUGUUUACGUAAAAUGGCCACACGGAGUGAAGAGUAAUUAUAGAUUUGGAUAUCAGAAUAAGUUCGACGUCAGAGUGCGGUAA